AUGCCCCCACAGGGAGUCAGCUUCCCCACUGACCCUGGUAGGCAACCCCGUUCCCCAAGACCCACCCAGGGAGUGAGGCCCCAAUACCUCUUCCUCCGGACAGACCACCAGGCCCGGGGAGCCCUAGACCAUGGCCGAACAGAGCCCAGAGGAGCGCCRGAAACCAGAACCAACAGUCCUCCCACCCCAGAGCUGUCCAGACCCCCAAGACCCGAGCCCCAGCUCCAUAGCCAGCUCGCAACCCAAGGAAGCCAUCSAACUCCAGCCAGGAAGAUUCAGCUGAAUGUGCACACCCAGCUGCCAGCAGUGCGAGGAGGCCACCGAGAGAGAACCCCCACCACAACAAAGGAGCCAACCAGCCGACCCAGCACAGCCCCGGGCCACCACCAAAGGCCAUCUACACUGCCCCCACUCCAGAAGAAAUGCUACACCCACCCCAAAAUUCAGACAACUCUCAGAACAUAUAGCACACUAGAGACCCAGGCUGAGUCAACCUGCCCCCUCCCACAGGCCAUCGGCCCCGCUCCCAGCCAACCCAAACUCCCCAGCCCCCAAGACCCGCAGCCCACCAGUGCACUGAAUGCCCCCAGCCCCGAGUCGAGCACCAGAGCGCAAACCGGCCCAGAGCCCCGGCAACAUGCCGACCCCCGACCCCUCCAGAACCACAGCCCAGGGUUGGCACAACCCCAGAACCCCAGGUCCUCCGCUCCCACCCUGAACUCACCCCAGCACAGCCAGGUCACCAGGUCAGUGACCCAUGGCCGCCGCUACAGACCACCUGAGGGGCCUGGCGAGAGCAACUCCAUGGCCCGAUGCCCACAGCCAGGUGACGCAGCAGUCUCAUCGUUCAACGCCACUCGCUCCCAGGCCCAGCAGCCCAGACGCUCGACGCCUCCACUCCUGGUCCAUCCAAGACGCUCUCCUCCACUGUCAGCCACCUCCUGGCCAACAAAACCAGCUACCUGUUCACCUCCAGGUCUCUCCUCCACCACCACGCCAUGA